ACACUUUGAAUUCUUUUCUGAUGCUGUAAAUACAUAAAUUAAUAAAAAAGAUAUAUUUUUAGGUUAUGUUUUGACAUUUAUUAUUUGACAUUUGUGAUAUGCUUGCGCAAGUACUUGAACAUAAACUUGAACCGUCUGUGGGCGCUGUGAAAAUACGCCUGGUUGCGCAUUCAUUCAGUUGCGCAAGUAUACAGUUACGUCUGUGGCCGGCUUUAGGAUGCAUUUUUGUGGUGGAUCUAUUAUAGCUGAAGAUUGGAUUCUAACAGCUUCGCAUUGUGUCGAAGAUGAAGAAAAUCCCCCAAAAUUCCUAUCAGUUCGUGUCGGUAGCAAAUUUCAUAAGAAAGGUGGACGAGUGUAUAACGUCACUGAGGUUAUAACACAUCCUAAAUACAAUGAAGCUGUUACUUUUGAAUAUGAUGUCGCAUUAUUACGUUUAGAAAGUCCUAUUGCAUAUACAGCUUGCACCACCCUUCCCGUAAGUUUGGCAGAAUCAGGUUAUGAAGUACCAGCUGGUUCCAUGUUGAGCGUUACUGGAUGGGGCGCGACCAAGACAUGA